UUCACUGAUCGCUAUCUUGUCCGACCCUUGGGGCGUUUAACACAUCCGAGCGGCUUUGCUGUUAAAUGACGUCAUCGACAGGCGACGAAAUCCAUUUAACCAAAAGCGAAGAAGAAACCCUGAGAUAUACAGCAUAAGACAUCGAUGGACGCUAUGGCGGUAUCUGAUUUUCUUGCAAAAAUGGAGCUAUUAAAGCAAGGUGCAGAAGCCAAAAUAUACCGAACUAUCUUUAUGGGAAAGCCGACUGUUGUGAAAGAAAGGUUCCAAAAACGUUACAGACACCCUCAGUUGGACGAAAAACUAACACGCCGUCGGACAGUGCAAGAGGUUCGUUCUAUUCUGCGUUGUCGAAGAGCAGGCAUAUCCACCCCUGUAGUCUACUUUGUGGACUACACUUCCCACUGUAUAUUCUUGGAGGAGAUAGCGGGAUCUUUGACUGUGCGUGACCACAUUGGUUCCCCUCAACAGUCUGGUUCCUACAAUCCUGAUGUGAAGCUGGAGCACCUGGCUGUGAAGAUUGGCAACAUCCUGGCCAAAAUGCAUGAUGAGGACAUCGUCCAUGGUGACUUGACUACCUCCAACAUGCUGCUGAGAUGUCCACCAGAAGAUGGAAAGUCUGACCUAGUCCUCAUUGACUUUGGUUUAAGUUACAUCUCAGCUCUGCCAGAGGAUAAAGGGGUAGAUUUGUAUGUGCUAGAGAAAGCUUUUCUAAGUAGUCAUCCCCACACAGAGGCACUGUUUAAGAAGCUACUGGAGAGCUACAUAACCUCAUCCAAAAAAUCAGCAGUGGUCAUUAAAAAGCUUGAUGAAAUUCGUUUGAGAGGGAGAAAGCGGUCUAUGGUGGGAUGAAAAGUUUCAAGUCAAAAAUAUUUCACUGAUCAGUAUCAGCAGUCAUAAAAUUGAGUAUUUUAUAAAUUUAAUCUGUUGAACAAUUUUGACAAGAAUUCAAUUGUUUGGAAUUAAUAAAUGGCUUGAGGUAACAAUGCA